UUUUCGAGUUGGUCGUCACAGAUAGGAAACAGAGGAAGAGCCACUGUGGGUGCAGUUCGUGUUAGCAUUGCAAUUAGCAGGAAGUACUGACAAGUGGUUCGUUGUUAUUUGUAAAACUAAUUUUUCUGAGAGCUAAACUACUCACGAACACCCCUUUUGAUCACUUCGUCACCAAACGUCUUCGCUACGAUGAGCUUCUUGUUUGGCAGUCGCUCAUCUAAGACCUUCAAGCCGAAGAAAAACAUCCCAGAGGGCUCCCACCAGUAUGAGCUGCUGAAACACGCCGAGGCGACCCUUGGCAGCGGGAACCUGAGACAGGCUGUGAUGCUGCCAGAAGGAGAGGACCUCAAUGAAUGGAUCGCUGUCAACACGGUCGACUUCUUCAACCAAAUCAACAUGCUGUACGGUACCAUCACAGAGUUCUGCACUGAGACCAGCUGCUCAGUGAUGUCUGCUGGACCCAGGUAUGAGUACCACUGGGCCGAUGGCACCAACAUUAAAAAGCCAAUCAAAUGCUCUGCGCCCAAGUACAUCGACUACUUGAUGACCUGGGUGCAGGAUCAGCUGGAUGACGAGACGCUCUUCCCUUCCAAAAUCGGCGUUCCUUUUCCUAAGAAUUUCAUGUCUGUGGCCAAAACCAUUUUGAAGCGCCUGUUCAGGGUUUAUGCCCAUAUUUACCACCAACAUUUUGACUCAGUGAUGCAGCUGCAAGAGGAGGCUCACCUCAACACCUCCUUCAAGCACUUCAUUUUCUUUGUCCAGGAGUUCAACCUCAUCGACCGGCGGGAGCUUGCUCCACUGCAAGACUUGAUCGAGAAGCUUGGAUCCAAGGACAGAUAGACACUCCUCUGUGCUAUAAUCACAGUUGUUCUAUGCUUCUUCUGCUGAGAUCUUCUACCUCUGUGACUUCCAGCCUCAACUCUUUAAGUCUGUGCCUCCUCCUUUGGAUUUCCUUGAACGUCUGUGCUUGACUUCCAAUUUUUAUUCCUUUCUCGUAUGCUGUCUUUGAGCCUUUUCUACAGUUUUAGCCAUUAUAGAUUAUAUAAGAAAGUGUAGUUUAAAAAAAACAACAUAUUUUUCCACAGGACUGAAUUUUAUAUUGGGCUAAAAAGUUGAAACCUGCUUCCUUUUUCAUCACUUGCAAUAUAGAGUUAGAGUUGUGUAAACAUUUUAUAGUUAUUGAUUCACUGCUGUUCAUUCUAGAGUCACAAUGAAUGACCAAAUAUCCUCCGUGCGUACAAGGAAGUGCAACAGGAAGGCUGGCAAAAAAAGUAAUGAGAUGGAAUAGCUUGUAACAGCACAAAAAAUGAAGGUAGGCGCAAAUCAGAACAGGAUUACAAUGUAUAAACUUCUUUAUUGAAUCUGCUUUCAUGGUUCUCCUAAUAUUUCUUCGAUUCACAUCCAAUAUUUGAAGAGAUGCAGCGAGUCAUCAAUAAGAAAGCUACAAAAAAAAGCAGGGAAUAGCUGUUUUGCUUUAGCUUCACAAUUUUGUUUUUGCACAUUUUCUAAAAAUGCUAAAAUAUGAGACGGCAUACAUAGUUACAUUAGCUUUUAUUUUCUUUUUUUCAUAUCAGAACCUCUGUUGGAGAUGUAGUGGAGAGCUAUAUGGUAGAAACAAUCAUGCAAACAGAAUGAUCAAUAAUGUUGUUUUAUUUGAUUUCUAAGGUGAUGAUUAAUUGUAUACAAACACAAGUUUGUCCCUGUGCAGCUAAUACUCUUGCUGAAUGUUUUCCAGAGUUUCAUCUGCAAAAGUUUCAUAUAACCCACUUCAGGUUGGACCUAAACUUGUUUCACAGAAUUAUUUUGCUAAUGGAUUAAAUGCAUCACAAGGAACUAAAAAGUGGAGUUUGAGACCAUUUGUUUUAUCAUCAUACAUUCUUUUUUUUUUUGAUAGUGUGUCGUCAAACCCAAACACGGACAGCAAAACUAACAAUUUAAGCACAUUUAAAAAAAAAAAAAGCAUCUAUAGUUUACUUCUUUUAGGGCACUAGUUAAAUUUACAAGUAUUCUUUUUUAAUGGAAUACUCAAACGUCUAUCCAAUCAUUUACUCAUGAACCCAAUUUUCUUUUAUCCUGUAUUUCUUUUUUUUACAGCAUACAUUUUUAAUGUUCUGUUACAUCUUGUCAUCAAAUUGUAAAGUGGUGACUUUAUUUUUAAAAUCUUACAAGGAAAAAGGGCUUAGAAGCAAAUUUAAAUUGUUUUUACAAUAUUUGUCUUAUCUUUGGGUUUGUAGGAUAUAUUUGCAAAUAUUUGCUGUACAUAGGAUCAGUGUUUUACCUUAACAGGACUGUGCCUUACAAUAAAAUGUCGGACAUGACAGUAUUGGUGAAUCAAAAAAAUUCAAUAAAAACAGAUUAGACAAAA